GAGUGACUCAAAUUAUUUAUUCACAUAGUUUAUAUUGUUAUAUUGUAAGUUGUUGUAAAUUGGUUAUUUAAGUCAACGCAAGGUAUAGCCUAAUAAAUAUUAGUGCAAGACGUGAUGAAUUGAGUAACUCACAGAAAAUAUACCAGAAAUAAGAAACUUAACGUGCCCUUUUGGAAAUAUUACUACCUCAAGAUCCAGAAGUGAAAAAUGGCAACAGUAACAUAUGUUGGACAAUGGCGACCACACAGGCCCCGGGGGCCAAUCGGAGCACAUUUUAAAUCUCCCGGACCCAAAUAUAUGCUGCCAGGCUCUACAGGCUUCACUACUCAUGAUUUGAGGAAAAGAAAAGCUCCUGCAUUUAGCUUUGGAACAAGACAUGCAACCUUUACAAACGAACACAGCCCUGGUCCUGGUGGAUAUCUUGUACCUUCACAUAUCACAAGAGUUGGAAACGAUGGCACACCUAGAUAUUCAUUAUAUGGGCGACCUAGGGAUAUGCUGGCAUUCAAAACACCAGGACCAGGUACCUACAGCCCAGAGAAAAGUGGGAGAUCAGCAUAUAAAUCAGCUCCUAUUUACUCAUUAUCAAGUCGAAUGAAAGGGAAUAAAACUGAUAACAGCCCUGGACCUGCUGCCUAUAAUCUACCAACAAUGUUGGGAUCAAAGGUUGUAUCAAAAACAUCAGCACCAGGUUAUUCAAUGACAGGAAGAGUGACUGUAGGUAGCUUUCACGAGGAUUUGAGGAAGACUCCUGGACCCGGUACCUACAGAGUUAUUGAACCUUAUGUAUAUAAAGGACGAGCUCCAUUGUAUAGCAUGACCGGAAGGAACAUGCUUCCAAGUGAUGCAACUAAAAAGCCAGGACCUGGUGCACAUAGUCCUGAAAAGGUAUACAUAUCGAGGCGUUCAGCUCCAGCAUUCUCUUUCGGAACUCUUCAUUCAGAAUAUACCGCACCGCUAAUUGUUGAUCCCGGACAUUGAUAAUAUUAUUUCACAAAGCAAUGAAAAAAAUGUAUUGUAUUUGUAAAGCAUCAGUAUUUUUAUAAUGAUUCAAUUGAGUGGCUGUCGGCCACUGCACAUUUGUAAUAUUUCUUUUUUACCUGUAUUUUGUGUUCUGAAAUCUCCAAUAAUUUUAUGUGUUAAUUCAUCUCACUGUCAAAGUUUAUAUAACCAAUUGAUUCGCCAGGUGAUUGAUUACUAGUGAAUAUUUUUAUGCAACAUUAUUUUUGUACCAUUGUGAUCAGCCACGAAGUAACAGCCAGCGCAGUAUUUUUUCUCACAAUCCACUUUUUGAAGACUAAUUGUUAGAACGACUGCGGAAAACUACCAUAAUAAACAAGAGGAUGACAACUGCCGCAUAUUUAACUGCCAGUUGUUUGUGUACUUGUGAAAGCGAUCAUCCCCAGCCAUGCACUUGAUUUUAAGUAUUGUAGUGAUUUACAGCAACCAUUCGUAUUGAAAUGUUGCUUGCGUAUUUAGUUUCAUAUAAGUUUCUGAUUAAACCUUGGUAUGGUGCAAAUAAUAUACUCAAAACUACAACAA